AUGAGAAAAGACUUGGAAUUUCAAGAGGGCGAUCAUGUGUUUUUGCAAGUUACUCCUACAACCGGUGUUGGUCGAGCUUUGAAGUCGAAGAAGCUAACUCCUCGCUUUAUUGGUCCUUACCAAAUUACUUGUAAAGUGGGAAAAGUGGCUUACAGAAUGGCGUUACCGCUAAAUCUUUCGAAUUUGCACGAUGUGUUCCAUGUGUCACAACUUCAGAAGUAUGUUUCGGAUCCUUCACAUGUGAUUGAGAUGGAUGAUAUUCAAGUUCGAGAUAAUCUUACGGUGGAGACGAUGCCUUUAAGGAUCGGAGAUCGUGAGAUAAAGUCUCUUUGUGGUUGA